AUGGUCUCGCAAACACUCGUGGAGACGCCGCACCAUCCUGGGCGCACCGGCCGCGGCUCUGAAAGCGAUAGCUCUCUCGAUGAGAUCGCGACCGAGAAGCAGAAGAUUUUUGUGUCCGCGCUGGGCAAGCAUGGAAAGGACCUUGACAAUUCGGCGUCGCCGAAGCGCUGGAAAAGCUUCUGGACUUCAUUCCGAUACCUCGCCAACUUGACCCCUAGGCAAGUCGACGAUUUCAUGGCCUCAUAUGUUAUCUACAACCUCGAUUGGUCAGAUGAGAAGCAGAUGACCGAGACCUUGGGCCCCAAUUAUCAGGAGAAGGUUGGCGACUGUUUGAAGUCGUACUAUGGAGUGCUUAACCACCUUUGCGCCUUGGGAGACGUCGAGAAGAUGUACAUCCCUCCCUGGAUGAGUCGCAAGUCCACUGUCCUGGAGAACCAGAUCCUCUACGAGCGCUCAAUUGCGCAAAAUAUUGGCCUGUCUGCCGGCAGCAAGGUCCUUGAUCUCGGCUGCGGUCGUGGUCGUGUCGCCGCGCACAUGGCACAAUACUCCGGGGCGCAAGUCACCGGCCUGAACAUCGAUCCAAACCAAGUCGCGCAAGCGCAAAGCUUCAACGAGGAGCGCGGCCUGCAGAACACCUUCGUCCAACAAGAUUUCAACAACCUGCCUUUGCCCUUUGCGAACGAGAGCUUCGACGCCUUCUACCAGAUCCAAGCCCUGAGUCUGUGCAAGGACCUGCCGGCGCUCUUCACCGAGAUUUUCCGUAUCGUCAAGCCCGGCGCAAAGAUAUCCCUGCUGGACUGGAUCAGCCUGCCGGCAUACGAGCCGACCGACCCGGAGCAUGCAGAACUGAUGGGGCGGGUGAAGCCGUUGAUCGGGGCCGUCGGCACCCCCACCCAGGAGAGUUUGGAGCAGGCGCUAACCCAGUCGGGCUUCGAGAUCGUGAAAUCCGAGAACGCGAGCAUCGACGGUCUGCAGGCCCCACUAAUCGACACCGUCGACCUGUACUUCCGCACCCUGCGCCAGUGUAUCCUUGCCCUCGUCAAGCUGCACGUUUUGCCCCGCCACUUCAAGACCCUCAUCAACCGCCUCUGUCUCGACGGACAGGCCUUCGUCAAGAUGGAUAACAUGCGCCUGGCGACAACGAGCUACAGCAUCAUUGCGCAGAAGCCCAAGGCAUAA